AUGGACUUUCUCCCACACCCCACGUCUGGCGUUGAGGCUCUUGACAUACCCUUCGUCGCCGACACGCCCUUUGUAUUUGGCUCCGACUUUUGGGAUUUCCCCAAGCUGCACGGCUUCGGCGAUCAAUGGGCCAGCCUGCCCGCACCCCGUUUGGCAUCUCUCGCCCAGUCGUGGCUCUACUUCGGCACCGUUUCCGAGUUCCUUGGCAGGCCCAUCGACUAUCGCGAAUUCCAGGUCUCGCGGAGCGUAUCAGGGAAGCCCCUGCUUCCGCUGCUCAACGAGUGGCUCGCCGCACACGCCAUCAACGCCGGCGGCUUGACGAUACAGGAUGCCGACGAUUACGAAGACAAGAAGCUGGUGCUUUACGAACAUUCCCGUUUCCUCGAAGCCGUCAUCCGGCUCGCCGAGGACUUUGACAAGGUGUCGCAGAGCCAUGUUAAGCCCAUCCCGACCAUUAUCCUCUCCGUCAAGGUGUUGUGCAUUACCCUGAGGGGCGUGCUGUGGGAUUUGGCCCGGGGCGAUAUCGACGAGACUCUUAGGCCAUGGCCCUCACCCGCUACUCGCAUGCGCCGCGAGAUAGCGCCGGCGAAAGAUGCACCAGGAAAGCAGACCAUUUCUCCCAGCGCGCAGUUGAUGCUGGACGUAUUGCGCCUACGCGGCUGGUGCCCAUUCUACGCUCGGAAGGUCCUCACUCAAUAUAAUUACGCCCUCGCUUACUAUUUUACCCGCCUCUUCCGGACCUACUCUCCGGGACUUAGCCACCGCAACUGCUCCGAUGACGAGUGCGUCGCCAGCAACGCCGAUAUCUUCAGCUAUGUGCCGAGGCAUGCCCGCCGCGGUUGUCUUUGCCAGCCAAAGGCCGCCCCAAUGGAUCAGAUCCGGGCCAUUAUCGAGGAUGGGGGGAUACCCCUGAUCCGCCUCAGAGGGUCUUCGAAGAAGGGGGUCAGGAUGGAAGUUGUCAGGAUGACCGCCCAGACACGCUUUGUGGUCGUUUCCCACUGCGCCGAUGGCACCUUCGACGGCUUUUCACCGCAACCCAAACAGAGGCUAUCCUCAGCCACCGCGACUGCUAGACGGCGACGGCUUGCUUGGCUGGAGGCUCUUACUCGUCCUGCGGAUUGGAUCGGCAGAGUGGUAUUUCGGAAGUCGCAAAGCGAGCCCAUGCAGUUAUUGAAUAGCACCUCAACCAUGGGCGUCGGCAUCGAGACCUCGGUGCUUAAGAGCCUCACUCGGUCACUGAGGGAGGAAUUCCGUUCAGGGUUCGCGAAUGGCGUGAAGCCUAACCGCGCUGCCGUGGGCGAGGGCAGGCUAGCUCCCGACUUUUGUACACUCUUCGUACAAGUCUGGAAUGAACUCAGCAAAAGGGCGGCAACGGUGCCGGGAGACAUGCAUAUUAUUAUGGCUAGCCUACUUGGCUUCCAUACGGAGCCGAUCAUGCGACUGACGAAAUCAGCGGAUCGCAUGUCGUGCAUCUUGCGGAGCAUGGACGGCAUUCCCAUGUCCCUGCUUUUCAACAUCAACGGGCCACGCCAUAAGCCGACGAGGAAUCACCGGGAUCGCUGGCUACCGCUGUAUCCCUCGAGGCAAAAGUUGACGUUUGGGUCAACGUUUACUAAUAUCCGAUCCAUCAACGACGAUUUAUACCUGCCGAAUAAUAGCGUGAGCCGGGAGAAAGUGGUUGUAUUGGUCUGCACCGGCGAAGUCGACCCGUUUUCGAGCUGCACUUUCACUUUGCGGGACACUUCCUCAGGAGAGCAGUACUCCGUGGUAGUCCACCGGCAGGAGGGGGAAAUGGACGAGUUUGCGACGCCGGAGGCUGGCCCCUAUUGCAUCGCCAUCCAGCUAGACCCGGAACUCGGUAGCCUGCCGGAUGGCCAUAUCGAUGGCUUGGGCGCCAUACCCAAAACAUAUGCGGGCGCCUUAUUCCGCGUCCGGCGAGUCGUGACGAACGUCAGGAAACUCUAUUAUCACAACCUUGAAACAGAUUACGAAAAUUCAUUCGAAUUGGUCGAAGACCAAACGUACGAGACCCGCGACCUGGAAACAGCGAGCAAGCGAACCACGAACUACCUCGACGGCAACCUCGCAUCCGCAUUCUCAAACCAUCAUCGGGGCAUUCUACGAACUGUAUACGACUGUCCCUUAACAGUCUCUUCUUACUCACCUAGGAAGGCAGACGGCGUUACUUGGCCACUAAAAGAGGGUCCUACCCUGCUCGCUCAACAGCUCCCCGAGACCUGGCAGACGGUCAUUGAGCGAGAACCAGCGACCUACCCCCUCCCUCUCCCAAUCCGCCCAUCUUUCACCGAAGCAGUCAGCCCCGUAUCCGCCUACCUCGGCAUCACCGCCAUCGACGGGCUCGUGGCAUCAGGCUGCGUGGGCCUCGCCAUCGCAAUCUGCGCCACCAUGUUCUCCCGCCUCGCCCUACUUGCCCAAGCAGCCGUCAUCGCCAAGCUUGUCCUGCACUCCCUCUUUCUCAUGCAGAUGUUCCUCUUCCCAGGGAUUGAGGUCCGCCUCAUCUGGGACACUCUACACCUCGCGCUCGUCGCUCUAUACACCUUCUCACGCGUGAGCUCGCCCGCCCCGGGCGGCGGCGUGGGCAGGAUGGAUGCGUUGGACUGGUCGUUCAUCGCUUGGGGGUUCCUGGGGCAUGCCGUGGAUUUUGGGGCGCGCUUGGCAAUUCGCUGGGUUGUGGUGCCGCGCCUGUUUGAGCAAUAUCUCCGGUCCUUUGAUGGGGAUGCGUUUCGGGAAGAAAAAAAUGAGGGGAAGGGCGUUGGUGCUGGGACCGGUGUUGCGGGGACGUUAGGAGCACGGAGAAGGGGGUGGUUUUCUCGCGCGCGGUUAAAGCUUGGGAUUGGGUUUGGAGGUGGUCACCACUAUCAGGAACAGGCGCAGCUGGAUAGGGAGAUGCAUCCGCGGAGCCGCGAUGCCAUGCCGACUGGGCGCCCGGAGCAGCAUCUACUUGGGGAUAUGGAGGGGCAUGUUUAG